AUGGCAACGUCAGUGGCUUCAGGGUCAUCCUCCUACGGACAUGCGUCAACCUCGGCGUCCGCUGUAGCCGGAGCUUCCUCCUCCUCGUCAGCGGACGCCAACAAGGUCCCCAUCACCCCGACGCUGAUUUCGGCUUUCAAGCCUGCCAAGGUGUUCACCCAAUACGUCAGCAAAGGCAGAUCCAUUACCUCGGCUUGCUACGACGACUCUGGGCGCUUCUGUGUGACCUCGGGCGACGACGACAACAUCCACAUCUACGAUGCCAAACAGGGUACCCAUAGUAACAAGUUCUACUCGAAGAAGUACGGAGUGCAUCUGGCACGCUUCACGCACAACUCGGAUCACAUCAUCCAUGCCUCGACCAUGGAGAAUGAUCAGAUCCGCUACAUGAGCCUCGUCAAGGACGUAGGGUACAAGCGCUACUUCGACGGUCACAAGAGCAAGGUGGUGACGCUGCAGAUGAGUCCGCAGAACGACACGUUCCUAUCAGGCGCUGUCGACGAUAGCGUCAAGCUGUGGGAUUUGCGGACCAACAAGCCGACAGGCAGCAUGAACAUACAUGGACAUCCCGUGGUCGCCUAUGAUCCGACGGGCAAGGUCUUUGCGGUCGCCAUCAACGAGCGAUCGGCAGUGCUGCUGUACGAUAUCCGCAAGUUCGACCAGAUGCCGUUCCUCGUGGUGCACCUCGACGACUCGGUUGCGCUAUCAAGGGUAUCGAUGCCGCCUAGAGUACCCAUCAUCACUUCGCUCACCUUCAACAGCGACAGUCAGUAUCUGCUGCUUGGAACUUCGGGUGACGUGCACUACGUCAUCGACACAUUCUCGGACGGAGGCCAGGUGGUGGCUCGCUUGAUAGGUCACGAAGGGCUGGAGAAGGCGAGCGGCGUAUCGAUAGGCAUGGUGGCGGAAGCAGGCAUCAGCGGACAGGAGGUGUGCUGGACACCGGAUGGCAAGUGGGUCAUGUCUGGCUCGGCCGACGGCUCGGUGGUGUUCUGGUACAUCGACUUGCAAGAAGCCUCCCGCAACGAGUUUCGUAACUUGAGGCCACGGUACAAGCAGACGGGUCACGAUGGCGUCAGUCGGGUUCUCGCCUUCAACCCGAGACAUGCGCAGUUCAUGAGCGCGGGAGCCGAGGUAGCGUUUUGGCUUCCAGACUUGCCCGAAGAGGUGUAG